GGAUUGUAGUCUAUAUAGAUUAUCCACUAACAGGCAACAGAAACCAUACAGGCAUGAUGUUAUUUAGCAACCAUGGCACACCAGUCAGGUGGCGUAACCUACAUGGGUACAGGUGUCACACAUUCAAAUGGAUGGGGGAUUGUGUAUGUCAAGUAUCACUUCGUCGCAAACCACGGACAAAAGCAGUUCACUGCUGAUGAAGCCCUCUGGUUUGGUGGUAAGGAUCCUGACUUCUCCAAGCGUGACCUCUGGCAGGCUAUUGAAAAGGGCGAACAGAUCGGCUGGACGGCGCACGUCCAGAUCAUGAGGCAAGAAGAAACGGACCCGUCCAGGACAAGACCCUGA